CGGACCAGACGAAACUUGAGUGGUUGAUGUUUUCUAUUCCAGUGAAAAGAUGAAGUUUCGGGGGAAAAUAACAGACAUCGCCUGUUUGAACCAUUUCACCAGAGUGGUGACCACCAUCGCUAAGCUGACCAAGACCUGCGUCCUGCAGCUGACUCCAGACAAUCUGUUCUUCAUCCUGUCAGGAAAAGUGACCAACGGAGGAGUCGGCAUGCGGUGCCAACUGCUGCAGGCCAACUUCUUCCAUGAAUACCAGAUGGAGGGCGUCUCCUCAGAAUUGAACCAGAUCUGCUUGGAGGUGGGUCCAGAUAACUUGUCCCGGGCCCUGAAGACGGUCCAGUGUGCCAAAUCGGUGAAAAUCAAGCUGAGCAAGAAGCACUGCGCCUGUCUGAGCAUCUCUGCUGAGCUGCCCACCCUGUCCAGCGUCAGCAGAGUCGUCACCCACGACGUUCCCGUUGAGGUGAUUCCUCGAAGACUCUGGCAGGAAUUCCAAGAAGACAACAUGGCAGACUUUGAUGUGAGCAUCUACCUUCCUCCUCUGAAGACCAUGAAGAACGUUGUGGACAGGAUGAAGAACCUCUCUAAUUUCCUGGUGAUGGAGGCCAACCUGAAGGGUGAGAUGAACCUGAAGAUCCAGACUGACCUGGUUUCUGUCAGCACUCACUUUAAAGACCUGGGGAACCCUCCAUGGGGCGAGGACUCCUCCCAGGACGGAGGUCCGUCUCAGAGGAGAGACCCAGAGUCGAUGGCCGAGGUCACGGUGGACAUCAGGAAGCUGCAGCAGUUCCUGGCAGGGCAGCAGGUCAACCCCAGCAAGGCCAUGUGCAAUAUGGUCCAUCAGAGCGUGGUCCACCUCAUCCUGCUGCAUGAAGACGUGUCUCUGCAGUAUUUCCUCCCUGCUGUGGCCUAGAUCCUCUGCAGAUGAUGUGGGUUCUGGUCCUGCUCAGUGAGAGCUGCUUUCUCCACUUAACACGAGGAGGAGGUUCAGAUCCUCCAUCAAGACUCUGAGAUGACGUCACCUGUGGAGCUCUGCUGCUCUUCAAUGUUUCCACGUUUGCUGUGAAGAGAUGAACUAAGGCUCCAUUAGUUCUGUGUUCCUGCAGUCAUUGUCCAACAUGUGGAGAUUCAAACAUCAGUUCUUUCUGUUCGGAUCUGUACAGAUCUAUCUCCCCACCUCUGUCUGCAUGGAGGGAUGGUUUGAUUUAGCUCUGUGGUGCAUGUUGACAUAGUACUGAAAUAAAAAGGCUAAAGUGAUGCCUUUGAAUCACAAGGAA